UAUUUACAUUGAUGAUUGAUGUCGUUCCCGAUGGCCGCCACCUCCCUCUCCCUCUCCCCAAACCCUACCUUCACCACCACCUCCGCCACCUCUCACAAAUUCUCUCCCUAUCUCUCAGCCAGUAACCACCUCAAAUUCCCAACCACCUCCACCACUUCUCCCUUCCCCGCCCAAUUCCUAACCACUCUCCACCUCUCAUCCCAAACCACAACCCCACGCGCAGCCGCUGCAUCCACCUCUCCCGCCACCACGUUCCACGGCCUCUGCUACGUCGUCGGCGACAACAUCGACACCGACCAGAUCAUCCCCGCCGAGUACCUCACCCUCGUCCCCUCCAACCCCUCCGAGUACGAGAAGCUCGGCUCCUACGCCCUCUGCGGCCUCCCGGCGUCUUACUCCACGCGCUUCGUCGACCCCGACCAGACCAAGUCCAAGUUCUCCAUCGUCAUCGGCGGCGCCAACUUCGGCUGCGGCUCCUCCCGCGAGCACGCGCCUGUUGCUCUCGGCGCCGCCGGCGUGUCGGCGGUGGUGGCGGAGUCCUACGCGCGCAUCUUCUUCAGGAACUCAGUGGCCACCGGCGAGGUGUACCCGCUGGAAUCGGAAACGAGGAUUUGCGAGGAGUGCAGCACCGGCGAUGUGUUGAGCAUUGAGCUGAGCGAGAGCCGUUUGAUUAAUCACACGACUGGGAAAGAGUAUGUGUUGAAGCCGAUUGGGGACGCCGGGCCGGUGAUCAGAGCCGGUGGGAUAUUUGCUUAUGCUAGAGAGGCUGGGAUGAUUCCAACUUUGUCUGGUUAGAAAUUUCGGCUAUGUUUUUAACUUAUGAUUCUCAGACUUUAUGAUGCUCAUAUUGAUAGAAUGCAAUGUGUUUAGGUUUGCUUUUUGUUUGUUUGCUCUAUCAGUUCUAUGGUUUGUAUCGUCUCGUAAUUGUUGUAUUUUGGGAUUUAAGAAAUAAAGGGCAAUGGUUUUCGCAGA